UGAGGUAGGGAAUGGGUGGUUGGAAACAGAAGGUGUAGAAUUGUUGUGGUAAUUUGGACGAAAGUAUUUGCACAGUAAAAAUUAAUAUAGUGAACAUCAACACUUGCAAAUAAUUGUAUUUCCCUUAAAGAUACUUUAAAUACUAUUGUUGACGCAUGUAAUUACAUAUAGUAAAAGAGCAUUUUACACCGGCUUGUAACGCAUAACUGUCUUCAGUCAAGCAAGAAUCGAUUUACCUUGCGAUUAUUCUAUAACUAUAAUGGAAGCUUUAAUACCUGUAAUAAAUAAAUUACAAGAUGUAUUUAAUACCGUUGGUGCUGACGCUAUACAGUUGCCUCAAAUUGUUGUACUUGGAACACAGAGUUCAGGAAAGUCAUCUGUAAUUGAAAGUUUGGUUGGUCGGUCUUUCUUACCACGAGGUACUGGUAUAGUUACUAGGCGUCCUUUAAUAUUGCAACUUGUUUAUGCACCUAAAGAUGAGCGUGAACACAGAAGUGCAGAGAAUGGAACAUUAAACUUAGAUGAAUGGGGCACAUUUUUACACACAAAAAAUAAAGUCUACACAGAUUUUAAUGAAAUCCGUAUGGAAAUAGAAUCUGAAACAGAACGUAUGGCUGGAUCUAACAAAGGAAUUUGUCCAGAACCAAUUAAUUUGAAGAUAUAUUCAACAUCAGUUGUUAACUUGACCCUCAUAGAUCUUCCUGGUAUCACAAAGGUACCAGUUGGAGACCAACCAGAGGAUAUUGAGAGUCAAAUACGACAACUUGUAUUAAAAUAUAUAUGUAAUCCUAAUUCUAUUAUAUUGGCUGUUGUUACUGCCAAUACUGAUAUGGCUACAAGUGAAAGUCUAAAGCUUAGCAAAGAUGUAGAUCCAGAUGGAAGGCGUACAUUAGCUGUUGUUACUAAAUUGGAUCUGAUGGAUGCUGGAACUGAUGCUAUAGAUAUAUUGUGUGGUAGAGUCAUUCCUGUAAAACUGGGAAUAAUUGGAGUAGUUAAUCGUUCUCAACAGGAUAUAAUGAAUAACAAAAGUAUCCAAGAUGCAUUAAAGGAUGAAGCUGCAUUUUUGCAACGUAAAUAUCCUACUUUGGCAAAUAGAAAUGGAACUCCUUAUUUAGCUAAAACAUUAAACCGCUUACUCAUGCACCAUAUCCGGGACUGUCUCCCAGAAUUAAAGACAAGAGUAAAUGUAAUGGUUUCACAAUUUCAAACCCUUCUUAAUUCAUAUGGUGAAGAUGUUAGUGAUAAAAGUCAAACUUUACUUCAAAUUAUUACUAAAUUUGCAAGCAGUUACUGUUCUACAAUUGAAGGAACAGCUAGAAACAUAGAAACAACGGAAUUAUGCGGUGGCGCUCGAAUUUGUUAUAUAUUUCACGAAACAUUUGGAAAAACGCUAGAUUCUAUACACCCGCUGGCAGGUCUUACAAAAAUGGAUAUUUUGACGGCGAUUCGAAAUGCAACUGGCCCACGUCCAGCGCUAUUUGUACCAGAGGUUUCUUUUGAAUUAUUAGUUAAGCGACAAAUUCGAAGACUCGAGGAACCCUCAUUACGAUGCGUAGAACUUGUACACGAAGAAAUGCAAAGAAUUAUUCAACACUGUGGUACCGAAGUACAACAAGAGAUGUUACGAUUUCCAAAAUUGCACGAGCGUAUCGUUGAUGUUGUAACGCAUUUAUUACGUCGACGUCUUCCACCUACUAAUCAAAUGGUUGAAAAUUUAGUUGCUAUAGAAUUAGCAUAUAUUAAUACCAAGCAUCCAGAUUUUCAUAAGGAUGCAGCUCUUGUGUCGUCUUUAUUAAAAAAUUCUAAUGUGGAUCAUGUAAAACAUAACAGGAAAGUUUCUUCUACUACAAGUACCACAACAAAUACUCAAGUAGUAGUUUCAAAUGAAACAAAUGUAAAGUCAAUCAAUAAUCAAGAUGAAGUGGCAUCUUUUCCUGAGCAGAGCAAGGAUCAACAAGGACAUCAAAUGGUAUUAAGUAACUGGUUGUUAAACAAUCUUAUGCCUCAAGGAAGAACUGAUUCGACUAGUUCGAUUGAUGGUUCUCCAGUAAGAAAUCGUGAGAACAGUACUUCUCCUCAUCAAAAUUCAAAUCUAGUAAUUGAGAUGCAGAAAGCAUCUCCACAACAGAAACCAGUAAAUCUAUUGCCAGAAGUACCAGUACAAACAUCUCGUAAGCUGAGCGAGCGAGAACAACGAGACUGUGAUGUAAUUGAAAGAUUAAUAAAAUCAUACUUUUAUAUUGUACGAAAAUCUAUACAAGAUAGUGUACCAAAAGCUGUCAUGCAUUUCCUAGUCAACUAUGUAAAAGAUAAUUUACAAAGCGAACUCGUAACACAUUUAUAUAAAUCAGAUCACGCAGAUGUUCUUUUAAAUGAAAGUGAACAUGUUGCUGUUAGACGCAAAGAAGCAGCAGAUAUGCUAAAGGCACUAACACAAGCUGGUCACAUUAUUAGUGAAAUCCGAGAAACGCACAUGUGGUAACUUAUUUUAUAUAUUAUUCACAUGAUUAAUUUAUAGUUCAAUAUAGACAAUUUGAUGGUUUAAUAGAUAAAUUGACAGAUAGAUCACAUGUACGUCUAAACACUGUAUAUAAUUUGUAUUUUUCGUUCAAGUAGUGUGUGUUUACAAUUACAAUAAUUUUUAGAAUUUUAAUGUACAUUUUCUUUUAGUUUUAUUUUAGAGAUAUAAGGAAUAAAAUAUACAGUCACAUGUGCAUUUAUAGUAAAUGUCGAUAUUAAAUGAUCAAUUAUUGCCACUUAUAA